AUGUCUAAUUUGCAACGUCGUAGGGUGAACCGGGUUGAUUCUGGGGAUGAAUCCUCGCUUCAGGCGUCAGAAUUUAACGAAACUACUACAUCGAAAAGGGUUGCAUAUGAUCCGGAAGAAGCCAAGAUUACUGAGAAUGUAAAGAAUCCUAAAUUGACAUUGAUGGAAGAGGUUCUGUUGCUUGGCUUGAGGGAUAAGGAAGGCUAUUUGUCUUUUUGGAAUGAUAAUAUUUCAUACGCUUUACGUGGAUGUAUUAUCAUUGAGCUUGCUUUGAGAGGGAAAAUUCGCAUUAUAGAUGAUUCUGCAAGGAAAAGAUUUGAUGUUUCUGAAAGACUGAUUGAAGUUGUUGAUGCAAGUAAAACUGGUGAAGUUUUGCUGGAUGAAACUUUACAAUUGAUGAAAUAUGACGAACCGUUAACUAUCGCCAAUUGGAUUGAUUUACUCAGCGGGGAAACUUGGAACUUGCUAAAAAUCAAUUACCAACUGAAACAGGUGAGGGAAAGGCUGGCAAAGGGUCUCGUCGAUAAAGGUGUCUUGAGAACCGAGAUGAAGAAUUUCUUUCUCUUUGAUAUGGCUACGCAUCCCGUGACGGAUACUAGCUGUAAAGAGGCAUUAAAGCGUAGAGUGCUUAGCGUGCUGGUUUCUAGAAACAUGGAGCUCAGUUAUAAUGAGUAUUUCCCAGAUACUACUUCGUUCAAACUUAUUAGAACGAUUGCCUUGAUAUGUGGGUCGUAUCGUGCCAACGUCUUAGAGAAUGUCUUGACGUCCCUAGAUUACGAGAAAAGAGAUCGCGCUCUUUCACGAGCUGAUGAGAUUCUAGAGCAAUAUACACAGUAUCCCUUCGAUCUUGAUAAAGCCACAGAAUCAGGAUUAUCCAUAAACCUGAACAAAGAAGUUAAAGAAGAAUUGAGUCAAAACAAAGACUGCCCAUUACAGUUAGAAGUGGUUGCUGGUGUCUUUGAGGUGUUUUCAAGAAUGGACAUGUUAUUAUAA